AUGUUUAGAGACGUUGAGCAUUCGCCAUCGCCUACAUUUCGACAUGAGGACUCUUCUACACUGCAUAUCCCAAGAAUCGGCUGCGAAAGUCCUCCCGAGGCAACUAAUGACAGCAAAUACCAAGACGAUGGCAAGACGCUUCUUUAUCCCAAUGCAAGCAAUGUGUUUCCUUUCAAGACCGCAGAGAGGCUAUUGGAAGACAUCAAACUCGAAAUGAAGUUUAGAGAGUCUCAAGACCCUGAAAUUGUCAUCAGUGACCUUCAUACCGGAAUUUUGAAAUUGCCUAUUUUAAAGUAUGCUCGCAGCAAGAUUCAUGAUCCGUACAGUGUCGGAUAUCUUCUUGACCAGGUGGCUCUAAAGACCCGUUACGAAUACGAGUCCAAAAGCUGUCCUCAAUUCAAUAAAAUUACUGUUUUCAUGUCAAUUCUCACAGACCCUUCUUUUAUUCCAUCGCGCCUCGAAGACAUUGCUAAAGUACCCAUUUACCACCUCAAGAUCACAGUCAAAACACGAACUCAUCUAGAGCGCUUGCGUAGGCAGGUUGGUGUUCAAAGGUACCAUCUGCUUUCAGCUUUGCAUCCUGCUGAUGCAGUGGACAUACCAACAGCUGAUCCUUCGAACUCACAACUCAUUGAUACCGUCUACUAUGUUUCCAGUGAUACCAAAAAGCUAGUAUGCAUACAGAUCUUGAAACCGGAACUCAGUGAUUGUGAUCUUGAAGCAUUUAGUCCGGAGAGUAUCAAACAGAGAUACAUGGCUGCUUGUGAAAAGUUUCCUGACCUGGAUUCUGAGAGCAUACCAUCUCAAGCAGAGUGUUUUGGUACACUUUUGAAGAUUUUCAAGGGCCCGCUAAACAGGCAGAGUUCCCAGGAUGUUCUAAAGACAAUUUCUGCUGAUAAUAAAUUCCUUAACUCUCAAAUCGAUCCAAGUUGGUUGACCGAUCGGUUCCAUUUCCACUUAUCAAAAGCCCCAAUUAAUGAAGGCGAAGAAAACAUGUCACAUUCUAUGGAGUUUCAGCCACCCGAUUUAACGAACUAUGUCGAAGACACUGAGAUCAGAAAACUUCGCGAGGCAUACGUUCGCAAAUGCUUAGAACUGGUAUUUCUGGGGAAAUUAUCCUGCAAUAUCUCAGCCAAGAACGGUGGGCCCCAGGACUCAAAGGUCCGUUCUUUUCAGCUGUACCAAAUCAAUUAUUCUUCGUCAUUCUUUUUCCACGUUUUGGGUGAAAGCAGGAACAUAACCGAUCACUGGAACCAGGAACUCGAUGCCAGCUUUAAUUUCAUGAUUCUCUCCGCUGCUCACUAUUACACUGAUAAAGAUGUUAUUAGAAACUAUGAAUGUCAAACCCUGUUAGACUCGGUUAAUACCGGAUUGUAUUACGAUGCCCUAACAUACAUUGCCAAUGUGAAAAGCAGCCAUCAAUUAAGCACAUUCGCUCGAAAGCAGGAUAUUAUAGGUAAAGAAAGUUUGGAUUCUGCUCUUAAGCUAUUUGGCAUUGACCCCGCAAAUGUUGAACUGACCUCUAUCGACGACGAAUUGCUUUUGGGAGUGUAUCGGAAAGAGAUCUCGCAAGCCACUGUUCAAAAGCAUUCACAUUUUAAAAACGCACUGAAGCUGCUAGCCAAAGCCAAAAACAGUGAUUCAUUGAAAUUUCACUCUACCUACGAGCCCUACGAAAACGCACAUCAGGCCUACCGAAUGCUUGAAGUAGACGAAUCGGUAGAUGCAGAUGUUAUUCAGACAGCUUACACCAUAAAAGCGGCUGACUCUCCUGGAUUGAAGGUCGAUUGCGAUAGAGCACUCUACACAUUGGCUGUUAGUAAAAGAAACUUGACUCUAUUCAAAUUUCUGUUCGAGCAAUGCCCACAAUUUGGCGAGAUAUACUCGGCUGAUAAAAUGACCUACCAGGAUGCAUUAUGUAUAUUACAGCUCAACGAAAAUGCUUCGGACGAGCUUAUUUUGGAGGUGUUCCAAAGAAUGUGGGCUCAGGACACUAACUUGGCGCCAGACCUUUUCUUGAAAUCAUUAGCGGCUCUGAUCAAAGUUGGGCAAAUACGCAACUCUUUGUUCAUUGCGAGAUAUCUGGAGACUGGAAUGAUUGAUGUCAGCUGUCUUCCAGCUGGAAAUUGGCCCACUGGGCUGAACAAUAUCGGAAACACUUGCUAUUUGAAUUCCCUUUUACAGUACUAUUUCAGCAUUUCACCAUUACGAGAUGCUGUCAUUGGUUAUCAGAGAGCCCUUGAUGAGUUUCAACAGUCACUCGGUCACUUGGGUGGGAAAAGAAGAAUCGGUGGAAGAGAAGUCAGUGAUCCUGAAGUGGAAAGGUCUGUCCAGUUUGUAUAUCAGCUUCGUGACCUGUUCACAAGCAUGGUUCACUCCCGAAGUAAGUUUGUUACUCCAACAAGAGAACUAGCUUACCUUGCAUUCGCACCUAGUAAUAUUGAAGUCGAAUUUGAGGAGACACCACCCGCCAAAACGCUUUCAAAGGAUUCGGAUGUUGCAGUCAUUGAUUUGACCAACGACAGUGGUGAAGAUGUUGAUAUGAUCAAGUUAGUUCCUUCUGAAAGCGAGGUGGGAGCGGAAACUGCGAACAGCGACAUUUUACUUGAAGAUCUCGAGACUACGGAACCCAUGGCUUCAUCUACCAGAGUAGCUAACAUAAGCCCCGAUCAGCUGGAAAAUGCAUUAGAAAUGGGAAGGCAGCAGGAUGUGACGGAAUGCAUCGGUAAUGUAUUGUUUCAAUUGGAAAGUGCAUCUGAACCCAGCAGUUUGGAUGAUGACGGAGAACAGCAAGAUCUCAUCAAAAACUUAUUUUACGGAAAAUUGAAGCAAGAUCUUGUUCCUUUGAAUAAUACAGACAAAGUGAGGACGAAAAUUGAAAGGUUCGUCUCUCUACUGAUAAGCGUUGUCGACCAUCCAAAGGACGUUUAUGACGCUCUGGACCAAUAUUUUAAAGACGAUGUGCUACAGCUAGAAGAUGGCCACGUUAAAAGAAGCGUUGCCAUUGAACGCCUUCCAACCGUAUUACAGCUCCAGAUUCAAAGAGUUUACUACGAUCGCGAGAAGUUUAUGCCCUUCAAGUCAAUUGAGCCCCUCCCAUUCAAAAAAACGAUAUAUAUGGACCGAUACAUGGACACACAGAACCCUCUCCUUAUAAAAAAAAAAGAGGAGGCACUUGUUUUGAAAGAGGAGCUAAAGUCUUUGAAAGAAAGGCAGCGUGAACUGCUUGGGAAAAAUGGCAGCGGUCUUAGCUUCAAAACGUCGCUGCUAGAGAUGAAAAAGUUUAUGCAAUCCGAUGUUCUUCAGCAACACGAUAUCAACGUCGAAAACAAAGAAUCUUCGUUACAAACCAUUGACUCUCUCAUUCUGAAAAUAGAUAACGAGCUUGCCGAAAUCUACCAACGCAUCAAUGUGCUCGAACAAAAGAUGAACGACGAUUUGGAUCAAUUUCGUGAACAUGAGUAUUCCUUGUUUGCAGUUUUCAUUCACCGUGGGGAGGCUAGUUAUGGACACUACUGGAUUUACAUUAGAGACUGGUCUCGCAACGGAAUCUGGCGCAAAUACAAUGACGAAACCGUCACUGAAGCACCUGAAAGUGAAGUAUUGAAUUUUUCCGUGGGUAACACGGCAACGCCAUACUUUCUGGUAUAUGUGAAGAAAGGGCAAGAGAAUGUAAUCGAACCGCUCAAAAGAGUUGUUGAGGAAUAG